AGUACAUUUCGAUGGAGGCGAAACCAAAAUAAAAACAACUCAAAAUAAUAAGUGUUUGAAUUAGUUAUUUCCAAAUGGCACAAGUACAAUAUGAAGGGGCCGAAAACAGGGCCUCACUACCAAGCACCUAUGACGAGCAACUGGCCCUGCACCGCGAGGAACUGGAGGCCGAGGAACUGCACCUGAGCAGCCAGCAGCGCCAAGGCGGAUCUCCGUCCUUCAUCUGCAGACGCUGUCCAGCGCUCUUCCCCAGCAGGGAGGAGCUGGCCGCCCAUCGUCCCACGCACCGACUCAAGCGUGGACAGCGGACGCCCACGUCGCAGCAUGCCUGCGACGCCUGUGGAAGGGUCUUCCAGAAGCACAACGCCCUGGUGGAGCACAUGAAUGCGCACAACGACGUGCGGAACUAUCCGUGUCCGGAGUGUCCGGCGCGCUUUGUGCAGCGCAGCAAUAGGGAGUGCCACCUGAGGAACGUCCAUCGCAAGGUGUACCUGCACUCCUGUCCAGAGCCCGGCUGCGAGAAACGCUUCCAGCAGCGGCGGGAGCGGGAUCAGCAUGUGAAGACGGUCCACCAGCAGGAGCGGAACCUCGUUUGCGACACCUGCAGCGCGUGCUUUAGCCAUCCCGUAAAUUAUAGGAAGCACCUGGCGUCCCAUGGCGGCGAGAAGAGCUAUGGCUGCCCGAUUUGUGGCAAGCUCUUCGGUCGGCCCGAAAACCGGGAUGUUCAUCUCUUCGUCCAUAGUAUUUGCAAGGCCUAUGUAUGCUGCGUCUGCGGAGCAGAUUACAUGCGCCGCAAUCAGUUGAUCCGCCAUGGCUUGGCCAGUGGCCACCAGAACGAUCCGAUUGUCCGGCAAAAGCCCCAGUUUAGCCCUGCCCUUGCUGCGAAGAAUCGCAUCCUGUCAGAGUCCCAGGAGGAGGAGCUCCAAUGGCUGGAGGGGGAGGACGACUACGACAGCCCAGGAUGCCUCGAGGAUUCACAGGAGGAGCGGCUAACGGAGACCGGCAAUAUGACUGCCAUCGUAGCAGAGAACGAAAACGAAAGUCAGUUCUUCGAUUGAAUAUCCAUUCAGUAAGCAGCCAGUUUCGGUGCAGAAUCAGCACACAUAUAUGAUAUAUAUAUGAUCAGGUUAGUUCGAGUUAAGUAUUUGGUCGUACGUAUUUUAGGCAUACUAGUAAGAGUAAGGAAAUACUGUGAAAACAUAUAUUUAAGCAGAGAAACAUCAGCGAAUGUAAUUGUAAAUAUGAAAACGUAGACAUUAAGGCAUAAUUAUUAGCGAUAUUUACACUUAGACUACUGCAAUCAAAUCUACACUGCAUUGUACUGAAAAAGUCGAAUACUGAAUGAUUGGACGCCGUAAAUUAAUGAUAACAUGCAAAAAUGAUUACCGCAUGCAAAACAUGAACCGGAGACGUCGGUCAAAAAAUAACAGCAAGACAGAGAAAUGAAUGAAAAGUGAAUGUCGCUGCUGCUCUUGCACUUUAAUAAAAAAUGUGAA